CCUUGCAGGUCCAAUGAUGCGCCACCUGACUGAGAAGCCGGAGACAACACUCGUGGUUCUGGCCACUCGGCAAGAUCUGACCGUGGACUCGAAGGAAGGCAUCUUUGCAAAGCCUUGGAUCCAUCGCCGGGUCGCAGUGGAGGACGAUAUCUGCGUGGGAAGCUUCACCAACUGCCGGUCCACGGCUUACCGUUGCACACUCACCAGAGGGUGCCAGCCGUGGCAUCCCGAGGAGUACUGCCUGGCAGGGGGCGCCCGCUUCGCUACGAUGGACGAGUGCCGUCACACCUGCCAGAACGUUCGAGCUUCGCAGUUUGGAUCGUCUGCAAAGUGA